AUGGAGAUUUGCAAGUUGUCAAUUGGUACUUCCCAUGGUUGUAUCUUAUCGGAACAAACAACAAAGAUCUUUUUUGAUCCCCCUUCUUUAAUCAUUGAUAAUAAGGCCCAAAUCAAAAGUAUUUCUGAUAAAAUGAAGUACAUUGAAAUUGAAGCGCUAGCCAAUUAUCCAUCUGAUCUUUCGGCCAUUUUCAUUAGUAGUAGUAGCUCACUAGGCGUUUUCUUCACUCCCUCCCAUCUACCUAUCUAUGUCACUGAAAUCGUCUAUUUACAGAUGAAAGAAACACUUAAACACUACGUAGGCCUAGGUCCUAUUAGAAGAACGACUAAAACAUCUACUCCUCAGGCCCCCAAUACAAUCAUUCAGGAAGUAUCGGCCUACCGUAGUAUUGCCAGCCGAGUUAAGCUUAUUACGUUCUCCCAACAUAUUCUCUUCCCUUAUCUAACCGUUAUUGCCCAAUCAAGUAAUACGUGUGUGGGCUGGGCCUGCUAUCAUGUGCAACGCGGUAACAAGUACGUCUUUUCGUAUACACAUGGCGUUAAAGGUAAUUGCACACUUUCUCAUGAGCUAAAACCUCCUACGACAUCGGUUAGUCUCUUUAUCAAGCACUUCCACCAACCCGCUGAAUCAGAUCCGGCUAGUUUUUCCACUGACUUACUUAAUCUUGCUAAGACCCAUACUCAUCUUGUAGUGACCAUGGACGUCAUGGCUUUUUCCAUCGAACUAACACUUCACCUUCUCAGUCUUGUUAAGGACAAACACGUUGCUAUCUACCAUCCUGGAUUCAAAAAGCUCCUGCAAUGCUGCGAGCACAAAAGAGAACUCUUAUCCACUCGUUUCUCUAUUGAUUAUGCUAAUAUUCAACCUAUUCUUUCUUCUUCCACCCGUUUAAGAACUCUUUCCUUCAAGGACUUAGCCCAGAUUACCACUCAAAAACCAGCUAUUGUUAUUUGUGACCGUCUUGACCAUAAACUAUUCCUAAGUAAACUACCAGCUUUGCACUUACCCAACUACAGUUUUAAGUUCUUUGGCACUAUACAAGACGCUCUAGCCUAUCCCUGGGUAUCCACUCUUUACCUUCCCUUUCCACCCCCGACCGCCCAUCCACAAAUUGUCGUCCUACCAGAAACACCGUAUGCCCUAGGCACCAGCCACCAUCUAGUCACUAUCCAUAAUACCCAGCACGUCCAACGGGUUGCUUCCGGACCAGCCACUACUUUCCAUUUCCGCGGCUCCUUCCAGGAAGAUGCCACCGGCCUAACUCUAGUUUGCGAAGAAUCACCACUACAAGCCCUUAUACAGCACCCAUCCACCCAGAAGUUCCAACUCAAAGAGACCUUAAUCUGCACCAACCAGAACGAAACUUUCAGAAUCAAAAGAACUGAUAAGGGAUUAGAAGUAAUCAGUAUAUGUGGAAUGCGAAAAUAA